CAUCAACACCUCCAAUCUCUUUUGGAUGCGAUGGCCAGAGACUCAGUCUAGAAAUUAAACCAUGCGGAUUGGAGCAUGCUGGAACCUACGCGUGCAAGAUCAAAAAUCCACUCGGCGAAGAAACUUGUCAGGCCAAAGCAACUGUUCGUAAAGUUUUCACACCCCCUGUAUUCACGCAGCCCCUGAGCGAUGCACAGUAUUUGCCGAACACAGAAGCAAAAAUGCCAGCUCGCGUUAGUGGAAAUCCGAAACCUGAUAUUGCAUGGUUCAAAGAAGGCAAAAAGCUUUCCCCUGGCGAUAAAUAUCGCGAAAAGAAAGACAAUGAGGCUGUGGCUCUGUACAUCCAGGAUUGUAAGCCUGAAGACAGUGGCGAAUAUGAAUGCGUUGCAGAAAAUAAAUUGGGUAGAGCAAGCUCUAAAGCAAAAUUGGAAAUUGUUGAUCAUAUUUCACGUGCACCAAGGGGAGAACCAGCUGCGUUCAUCAAGCGUUUGGGUGACUGUGAAGUUUACAAAGCAAUGCCCGCCAAGUUCACCGCCUGCGUUGUGGGUUAUCCUGAACCAGACAUCGAGUGGUUCCGCAAUGGGGUCAAAAUCUUUCCGUCUGAACGUAUCCGCAUGGAGCGCGACAAGAAUGGUUUGCUCCGGUUGACCAUCGGUCGUGUUGCUGCUGACGAUGCCGGAACUUAUAAAUGCCGAGCUUAUAAUGAGCAUGGAGAAGACGUAUGUCAGGCAGAACUUAUCUAUGACUCUUUGGAAGAUAAGCAAAGGAAACCCAUGUCUGAUCAAUAUAGCGAUUUUGAUAAACUUAAAAAAUCGGGAAUACCAUUGCCUUUAGCGGACAAACCCAUUAUAUCACGCAUGACGGAUAGGAGACUCACGCUCUCUUGGAAACCCAGCAUCUCUGUUUAUCCAAGAAAACCAGUCACAUAUCAAGUGGAGAUGUGCGAACUGCCGGAUGGCGAUUGGUUCAAUGUUAGGAAAAACAUCAGAUCUUGCGCUUGUGAGGUAUCUAAUUUAGAACCAUUCCGUGACUAUCGGUUCAGGAUUCGUGUAGAGAAUGAAUAUGGAGUGAGUGACCCUUCACCAUAUGCUCAGACUUAUAGAACUAAACUCUUACCUGAUCCACCAAAGUUCCACCCUUACUUAGAACCUGGUAUAGAUUUUCGGCCUGAAACUUCACCACACUUCCCCAAAGACUUUGACAUCGAACGUCCUCCUCACGAUGGAUAUUCUCAGGCCCCUCAAUUCUUACGGCAACGUGAUAGCACCCAAUACGGUGUCAAAAACCACAACUGUGAUUUGACGUGGUUUGUUUAUGGAUAUCCAAAACCAACGAUCUCAUACACAUUUAAUGAUGAACCAAUUCAGCCUGGCGGGAGAUUUGAUUGGAGUUAUACACGUAAUGGUCAAGCAACCCUAUUUAUUAACAAAAUGCUGGAUAGAGAUGUUGGAAUUUAUGAAGCUAUUGCUACAAAUGAGCACGGAGAGGCUAGACAACGUAUCAAUGUCGAACUGGCUGUACAUCCCGAGUUUAUUCAACGUCCGGAAAUCACGCAUAUAAUGCUACAUAAAUCAGGAAGAAUAAAGUGCCGCAUUUCUGGUCAUCCUGCGCCUACUAUUAAAUGGUUCAAGGAUUGGCAACCACUUGGAACUAGUCACAGAAUUCAGGUCCAGCACGUUGAGCCCGAUGUGUACAUACUUUCUAUAAAAGAUUGUAUUCUGAAGGACCAAGGUCUUUACUCUAUAACCGCUUCGAACCCAGCGGGUUCUAUAUCUUCUUCUGCUAUGGUUUACAUUGAAGAAAACUCUGAUGAAUACGCCUGGAAUACGUAUGGUACCAUACCACGAAUUACUCCUCGCACCAAAGCUUUGCAUGAUCUGUAUGACAUCGGUGUUGAACUUGGUAGAGGAACACAGGGUGUUGUUUAUCAUGCCAGCGAACGCAGAACUGGUACGAAUUAUGCAGCCAAAGUCAUGCACGGUAAACACGAGCUACGCCAGUAUAUGCAUAAUGAGCUGGACAUCAUGAAUGGAUUGAAUCACAGAAACUUAAUCAGACUUUAUGAUGCAUAUCAAACUGAUAGGUCUAUGGCACUGAUAACUGAACUAGCUGGUGGUGGUGAACUUGUUAGAGAUAAUUUAUUAAGAAAAGAACGAUACGGCGAAAGUGAAAUUGCAGGAUAUAUUAGACAAUUGCUUCUGGGGCUGCGUCACAUGCACGAUUCAAAUAUUGCUCAUCUUAGUCUUACAAUAGGUGACUUGUUAGUCGCGCAUGCAGGCGGUCGCGAUUUGAAGAUUUGUGACUUUGGUCUUGCUCGUCGUGUAAAUCGCAGCAACCUGUUCCCACUUGACUUUGGUAUGCCCGAGUAUGUCAGUCCUGAAACCGCCUUAGGACAAGGUGUGGGCUUGGCUUCAGAUAUGUGGUCUGUAGGCAUAAUCACCUGGUUACUAUUAGGCGGAAAAUCGCCAUUCUUGGGAAUGCAUGACGUUGAAACCUUAGAUAGAGUAAAAGAUGGUAAAUGGUCAUUCGCUAACGAUGAAGAAUGGUGGUCGCAUAUCAGCAGUGAAGGAAAAGAUUUCAUAAGCAAACUUUUAGUAUAUGAUCAGAAUCAAAGAAUGGAUGUCAUAACUGCGUUAGAUCACCCAUGGUUAACUAGACGUCUUAUGAUCGAUCAAGACGAAUUUAUGAUAACAACGGAUCGUUUAAGAAAUUCGUAUAAUUCAUAUCGGUCGUGGCAAUCUAAUGCACAAUGUCGUACUUGGUACCGCAGGCGCCCAUUAAGCGGCGCUUAUACCGAUCCAUCAAAAAUGGUGUACCCACCAGGCCAUGUUUACACUCCAGAAGAUACCCCAGAACGCAUAGAUAUUGGGAAGAAAGAUCGCAAACCAGGCAAAUGGGAUAAUGAAAUUCCAACUAGGGAACACCCAGAUUACGAAAUUGGCUUAUUUAAAUCUGAAAGCCAUUAUCAAAAUGGUCCUGACACCUACCUUUUACAAUUGAGAGAUGUAGACUUUCCUGUUAGACUUAGGGAAUAUAUGAAAGUAGCUGCCACUAGAUCUCCUGGUUACAGUCACACACUUACCGAUCUUAGUAACUAUGAUUGGAGGACACCUGUUAUUCAUGAAAGACGUCGAUUCCACGAUAUAAUGGAUGAAGAAAUUGAUGAUGAGAGAAAAGAGAGAAUUAACCGAUAUGGGUCCGCUGAUGUGUACUCUUUAAGACGCCUGAGAAAUGAAUUAGGAACGAGGUUGGAUAGCUAUGCAGAAGCAGAAGCGAUGAUAGAAUCGCAGAAAGUAGGCAAAGCCCCAUUCUUCCGUGAGAAACCUCGUAAUAUUGCAAUUGUAGCUGGUCGUGAUGCCGAACUUAGCUGCUUAGCCACGGGAGAUCCCAAACCAACUCUCCAAUGGUUCAAGAAUGAAUCAGUGUUAAUGGAAAACAAACGCAUAACUGUCACAGAAGAUGAACAAGGUCGCAGCACACUGCGAUUCACACCUGCUGCUGAAUUUGAUGCCGGCUCAUACAAGGUCGUCGCUCGCAAUUCUGUAGGCCAGACCAUACAUAGAAUCCGUGUGGCUCUGGGAACGCAACCUGAUGCACCUAACACUCCCAAAUGCAUAGAGAAAUCUGACACCGAAGUACUCUUGGAAUGGCGUGAACCCAGACACGAUGGAAAUAGCGAGAUAUUACACUAUGGUUUGGAGAUGAAGAAGGCAGAUUCAAUUGAUUGGAAUAGUGUAGCUGAGCACAUUACUCGUGAGCGUUUCGUAGUCACGGGUUUGGCAGCCGGCGAGAGUUACCAAUUUCGCGUGCAUGCUGCCAACGUUCUUGGCUGGGGAGAAUGGAGUGAUUCUAGUCUUCCAAUCCAAACCCUGAAUGACGGAGCUCAGAAACUAGGUGCAAGUGCAGUUGUUCGACAAAUCCAAGAAGUGGAUGAACGUGCUUCUGGAGAAUGUUUAGAUCAUCAAAGGCCAUCCUAUGACAAAGAAACUGACCUCGUUGACUGGAUAGAAUCUGAUCCUAAAGACAAGUACAAGCUUAUAACAACCUUACAUAAUGGUAGAUUUUCUACGGUUGUGAAAUGUGCAAACACCAGUACAGAUGAAUUGGUUGUGGCAAAAGUUUUUCAUAAGGAAUCAAAUGAUUCUUCCGUCCAAGCUGAAUUUGAUACUUUUAGGACACUAAGACAUGAGCGUCUUGCUGAGAUGGUGGAAGCUUAUCGUUGUUCAUCUGGAUUGCAUGUACUGAUUCAAGAGAAACUUGGGCAAUCGCAUGAUAUCUUGACACAUCUUUCUGAAUGUACCAGCUAUACAGAGCAGACCGUCUCCGUGGUAGCCGCUCAGAUUUUGGAUGGCUUGCAGUACCUUCAUUGGCGCGGUUAUUGUCAUCUAGAUAUACAGCCGGACAAUAUAGUUGUAACAUCUCCCAGAUCAGCACAGAUUAAAUUAGUUGAUUUUGGUUCAGCGCGCCAUGUGAGCAAAUUAGGAACGAGGGUACCUUUUACAGGAAAUUUAGAAUUUACAGCACCAGAAAUAUUAAAUGAAGAAAAUGCAUAUCCUCAAACUGACAUCUGGUCUUUGGGAGUAAUUGUUUAUGUACUUCUAUCUGGUGUAUCACCCUUUGUAUGGAGCACUGAAAAUCCUGCCCCUAUACAAUGCAAUGGAACUGUUCAUGAGGCGAAUGAAAUUAUAGUUACUAAGACUGAAGCAGAUACAGAUUUGGAAACUAGAUUAAACAUUAGUUAUGCUCGAUAUAGAUUUGAAAAUCUGUAUAAGGAAUUGACUCAGGAUGCAACAAGAUUCUUGAUGCUGGUUUUCAAACGAUCACCCAGCAAACGUCCGACAGCCGAAGAGUGUCUUGAGCAUCGGUGGUUGACAUCCAGUGAAUUUUCUCUUAAACAAAGGUUGAAAAAUUCAUAUCCUGGAAGUAGGCUCAAGGCAUUUUCAAAUGAAUAUCAUGCACGUAGAGCAAAGCUAUCUUCCAAAUGUGAUGUAUCAUCUGUAUUUUAGAAGUCUUUGCAAAAUAUCAAUCAACAAUCAAGUCAUUGGAAUCGAAUGAAAUUAUGCUGCUUACAAAUACAUUUAAUAUAUGUAAUUUGCUGGGCUUAUGUAUUACACAAAACAUUGUAAAUAUCUUUAUUGUUUAAAAUUUAUUUAUUUUUCUGUCAUUAUUUAUUGUAUGACAAAUUUGCUCAUUUGUCUUGUCUCAUAAUCAUUUGUGAAAAUUAUCAGAUGAAUAACUUUCUUAGAUUAUAAUAAUAUAUUGACUGUAAAAACAAAGAAUUU